CUGUCAAAAGAAAGCUGACUGCAUGAGCGGAGCGUGUACUUUUCGUAUUUCUUAUCAAAAAAUAGUUUUUACUUAGAAAUUCAGCCUGGAAAACCCAUAAACUUUCAACAUGAGUAGAGAGAUAGAUGUGAAGGCGUUGGUCUCCCAUUUGGUGCGUGGAGACGGUGCAAACAAAUGUCGAAUAUGUAUGGGCGAUACGUCGGAAGGCCAAGUUUUCCUAGAAGAUACCGUGAUGAUGGAUGGGGAGAGAUCAGUCACCCUUGCUGAUCUCCUGGAGUUGAUCACAGGCAUCGAGGUACCAGAGGCAGCGUACCUGCCUCAAGGCCUUUGCUCAGUAUGCACUGGAUCAGCGGUAGCCGCUGUUAACUUCUCCGCACUCUGCAAGAAGGCAGGCGACCAAUGGAACUCGAUGUUGCAACUGCUAAGCAACCUCCCAACUCCAGAAACGGUGUCCGAUAGAAGCACAAAGCUCUAUGCCUUCAUAGAAGGUAACGAGAUGAUGAUUACAACAAAUAUAGACUUGGAAGAAAACAGUACGGAAGAGGACGUUCAAAAUGGUCUUGUCAAGGAGAAAUCUCGCAGUGUAACACCGGUUCUUGUUAAAGAAAAAACCCGCAAACGGUACAAAAAAUUGAAAUGCUUCUGUCCGAUGUGUCAAAAAGAGUUCCGAUACGCUGAGCACUUGUCACAACACUUGAAAUACUCGUCGGACUACAAGAGAGCGUGUCAUAUUUGCGCUAAAAUAAUGCCUAGGAACGAUAUGGUGGAACAUUUACACGUCUAUCAUAAAACAAAACUGUACGCAUGUAAAAAAUGUCCUGCGCUAUUUUUGUCUAAGAUUAAAUAUUUAAGACAUGUCGAAGCAGAUCACGCUAAAGGAGCUUGCACGUGUGGAGACUGUGGUCGCAGUUUCCAAACGAAUCAUGCGUACGUUGCUCACCACAACAUGCAUCUUUUGAAAACAUGUCCAGGCUGCGACAAGGUGUACCGUAACCAGCCAUGCUACAUCCACCAUGUUCGAACAUGUUGCAAUUUGGACAAGAACCGCCAAGAUACGAUCAGAACUAAAAACAAAGUGACUAUUGAAGUAAAAAAUAAGUUGAGCAGAAAAAAGGUCCGGGUCGGACUGAGAGGCAGUGCUCAAAAUGAGUGCAUUUGCGACUACUGCAAUAAAAAGUUUGCUGGAAAGAAGUUUGUGAACGCUCACAUCCAAAUAGUGCAUCUUAAGAACACGCACACACCAUGCCCACACUGUGGGAAGUCAUUUGCAGCUGCUCACAUGUCUUCUCAUUUAAAAAGUCACGAAAAAUCCAUGUACAAAUGUGACAUCUGUUGCCUUGUCUUGAAAACACGACUGGGCUACACACAGCACUUACGUUUACACACUGGAGAGAAGCCUUAUCUUUGUAGUCAAUGCGGAGAAACGUUCUCUGCUUCGUCAAGGAGGUCAGAGCACAUUAGAAAGAAAGCACAGCGCUGAUAAUUUGAACAAACAUGCUUGUCAUCUUUGUCCGGCUAGAUUUCCUUUCCCAUUUAAAUUGAAGAGGCAUAUAUCAGACGUUCACAGCGACCCAAUCGAUGAAAACGCGUUAUUUGAAUGCCCUGAAUGUCAGGAAAAAUUCAAAACGUGCAGAGGGCUGGUUCAUCAUAGCAGAAAACACCAGAAAGGAUUCAUUCGAAGACCUAGAAAGAUAAUUAUUCCGAUUAAAGUUUUUGCUAAAGGAGACGAAGUGGAAGUUACAAAUAUUGACUGAAUGACAUUUUUACAUUUUAUAAAUAUUUUGUAUUGUUUUUGUUACAUUUUUCUACUAUUAAAAUUAAUAUAAUGACCACACCAAAUACCUACCUGGUGUACUAAAUUGCUCUUUUUUUCUACUGUAUAUUUUGAUAUGCUAUUAUUUGAAAAGAAACCUGUUUUCAAUUUUAUGUUUGCCCUAUCUAAACGCACUCUACUGAUGAUGCGUUGUGUAUUAUGUAAUUUACUCUAUUUACUUUAUUAAUCCUUCAUGAUCAUGAAAUAGUAGGUAUGUACUAUUACUAUCUCGCUUAAAGAAAGCCUAGAUUGUAACUGAUUUAUGUGUCUGCAUGAGUUUCUCUUGACAUUUUUGAUGAGUAAAUGUUUAACUCACUAACCUUAUUGUAUUUAAUAAUUUUGGGUACAUGCCACAAUAUCUAUUCUGGUCGUAUAGGAAAAUUAUCUGCAGCUACUUAUACAAGCAUUGUAAAAAUUACCAUACAAUGCUGGUGUAGAUCACUAGUUAGGUAAUUUUAGAAGUUGUUUUUUAUUUUUGUAUCUGCAACGUUGAAAAUCGUCUGAUAUUUAGCCUAAUUCUUGUUUCGUAUUGUGGUUAUUAUUAUUGUUCCUGACCAAAAAUGUGACCCCAAUUUUCCAUGGCCCCAGCCAGGUCUUUACUUACUUGUCCAAGCAUCUUAACGAUUGGACAAGUAAUGCCUCAGCAUUUUGUUACUUAAAGCCUACCCACCCAUCUAAUACUUGAUAUUUCCUCCAUGACCGUAUAUAAACUCCCUCUUACAAGAUUACUUGCCGAUAUAAAUGUCAAAGAUUCACUAGUAAAGGCCUUCACAGGGCACUUACAAGUCCCAAAUAUAGCAUCUCUAACCACCUUGAAAAAGCGGACAGAAUAAACCAUACAACCGAGAUUGGACAUUGGCUGAGUGACAGGAACGUU